GGACCCGCGAGUGUGCUGUUUCACACCAGGGGAGGAAUCUUUGAGGAGUUUUUGCUUCAACAGUGUUUGAACGGAACUUCUUGACUUCGUCCCGCUUUGUAUUUCAGCUACUCUGCACUUCGGAAGAAAAAACAUUUUCUACUUGAACACUACACAUAAAGUCGACGUGAAGCUUUAUUUUUGCACCGUUUUUGUUAAUAAAAAGCACAAGAAACGCCAGCCGAAAUGGAGUCCCAAGUGCGUCAGAACUACCACCGCGACUGCGAGGCCGCCAUCAACCGGAUGGUGAACAUGGAGCUGCUUGCGUCUUACACCUACACUUCUAUGGCCUUCUACUUUGACCGUGAUGAUGUGGCCCUGCCAGGCUUCUCCCACUUCUUCAAGGAGAACAGCCAUGAGGAGAGGGAGCACGCUGACAAGCUGCUGUCCUUCCAGAACAAGAGAGGAGGUCGCAUCUUACUCCAGGACAUCAAGAAACCAGAGCGUGACGAGUGGGGCAGCGGGCUGGAGGCCAUGCAGUGUGCUCUGCAGCUGGAGAAGAAUGUCAACCAGGCUCUGCUGGACCUGCACAAGCUGGCUUCUCAGCAUAAUGACCCUCAUCUGUGUGACUUCCUGGAGAGCCACUACCUGGAUGAGCAGGUGAAGUCCAUCAAGAAGCUGGGUGACCACAUCACUAACCUCACCCGCAUGGAUGCCCACAACAACAAGAUGGCAGAGUACCUGUUUGACAAGCACACUCUGGGUGACAAGAGCUAAAUGCUGAGACGUAGAAGUGAGCCUGGAGUCAGCAUGUUAACAACACAGGCUUUGAAGUAAACUCACUUCUGCUCCAGCUGAUUCUUUCCUGAUUUCCUCACUUUAAAGCUGGCAUCAGUUCUUGUAUGUUGUGGUGUUUGUGUGAAAUGUCACAUGGAGCGAUGAAUGUUAUCAGGGUAUGGCUCUGCUUCUAAGCUGUCUGACAUUUGGAAAUGUUUCUGAUCUGUUCAUCUGAAUAAACCUUUUGAGCUGGA